AUGAAACCAUAUUUAUCAGAACAAGAACGAUUAAAAUUAAAAAUAAGAAAUAAUUAUUUUGAGAAAAAUGCUAUAAGAUCAAAAAUAGUAAACUAUUUGAAUAGAUUAACUGACCUCUCUAUAGAUCAUAACGUAGAAGAUAUUAAAAAGCUAAAGCAAAAGAGGAUAUCAUCCAAUGAAAAUUUGGAUAAAUUACCUGAUUUUAAAAUAGAGAAACGGCCGAAAUUAGAAGAAGACGAAACAACUGUAAAUAGGAAUAAGAGACUGUUACAAAUUGGUUUAUUCGAUCAUUUGAGAAAAGCCAAAGAUGCUUUAGAACAAGAAAAAACGGAUGAAAAAAUUAUAAUGCAUAAUCUUCAAAACAAGAGAGUAGAAGAAAAGAUACAUGAAGUGAAGAGAAACUUUGAAAAAAUUGAAUUGGACGAUAUUGAAAUAAAAAUAAUUGCAUAUGUUAAGGAUAUAAAAAUGAUAGAAGAAUGUAUAAAACAAGAUGAAGAUAAAUUAAUGAAAUUAAAUUUAAUAAGUCAUUAUGAAAAGAUGAAAAAUUUUAUUAGUACUAAUACUUACCCAACUAUUUUUUGGUGUCCUUUAAAAUUUAAUGAUAAGACAAGAAUUCUUCAACAAAAUACAGAAGAAUUUAUUAAAAAAAAAAUUGAUGCUAUAAAAUCCACAAAUUAUCAAGUAGAAUUUAAAGAUGAAAAUUGGUUGGACGAAUUUGAUAAAUUGAAAAGAAUAAUCAAAAAUAAAAAUAAAGAAUAUUUUAAAAAUAAAUCAGAUGAUGAUCAAAAUAAUAUAUAUGAAAAUGAUAUCGUGAAUAAAUCAGCAAGCCAUCAUAAUGAUGAUUUAGAAGAAAAAAAAUGCAUAUCAGUAUAUAGUCAAAAAAGUGAUAAAAGAAGCAUGUCAGUGUAUAGUUUCAAAAGUGACGAAUUAAAUAAGGAUGACAAAAAAAAUAAUUCUCCUAAAAGUGAAAACCAUAAUGUAGUGGAAGAUAAAAAGUAUAUCCGUGAUGAACAAAACCAAAAUGAAUAUCAUUAUAAGAAUGAUGAUGAUAAAUUAAUGGUUUGUAAAAAUGAAGAAAGUGUUUUAGAAAAUGAUAUAAAUGAGAAUAAUUCUAUGGAAAAUACUUUGCAAGAAAAAUAUUAUAUAAAAAAAGGUUCAAGGGAAAUAAAAGAAAAAAAUCCAAAAAGCCCCAAAAGGAUAAAGACCGAAAGUUCAGAUGAUAGUAUAAAAUAUGUUGGAGAUGGGAAUGAGAAAGUAGUUUUAAAAAAUAAUAUAGUUCAAGAGGAGGAGAAAAAAUAUAUGUAUAAGUUUUUUGAAGGUGAAGAAAAUAUUGGGAAAUCGCAUGAAGGUGAAGAAAACACUGGGAAAUCAUAUGAAGUAGACGAGGAACAGAGGGGUAAAUCUUGUGAAGGUGAAGAAAAUACUGGGAAAUCAUAUGAAGGUGAAGAAAAUACUGGGAAAUCGAAUGAAGGUGAAGAAAAUACUGGGAAAUCGAAUGAAGGUGAAGAAAAUACGGGAAAAUCGAAUGAAGGUGAAGAAAAUACUGGGAAAUCAUAUGAAGGUGAAGAAAAUACAGGAAAAUCAUAUGAAGAUGAAGAAAAUACAGGAAAAACAUAUGAAGAUGAAGAAAAUACAGGAAAAACAUAUGAAGUAGAUGAGAAACAGAAAGGUAAAGCAAAAAGAGGCAGACCUAAAAGAAAAUCUAAACGAAAAGGGAAAAUUAAAUAA